AUGGACACUAUAGAAGCGGUCAGCGAGAAUGCUUUGGAUGCAAUAGUAGACGUACAGGAUCUGGAGGAGGGUGAGAUUCCUCCGGAGCCUGAUCAUGUCCUCCAAGAGUUUCCAGUUACUCACAGCAAUAUCAUGCAUGAGCUUACGGCUGAUGGACUUGAUGAAAAGAUCUCAGUGAACAUGCUGCAGCGCAAGGGGGAGAGUGUAUCAUGGGAAGUUGUUGAAGAUCUCAAGGUGAUGAACAAAUGCGAAGGCAGUUCACCCAAGGCUGCUAGUAAACCUUCUGCUGAAGGUCCUCUGAAAGAACAUCUUGGGGAUACUACAGAAGCGGUCAGCAAGAAUGCUUUGGAUGUGAUAGUAGAGGUACAGGAAUUGGAGGAAGGUGAGAUUCGUACGGAGCCUGACCAUGUCCUCCAAGAGAACCCAGUUACUCACAACAAUAGCCUGCAUGAGCUUACAGCUGGUACCCUUGAGUGUGUUGUGCCGUCAAUGGUAGAUGCGGAACCUUCUGUGAGGCAUUUUUCUAAUGAGAAGAUCCCUGUGAACAUGCUGGAGCACAAGGGAGAGAGUGUAUCAUGGGAAGUUGCUGAAGAUCUCAAGGUGAUGAACAAAUGCGAAGGCAAUUCACCCAAGGGUGCAUGUAAACCUCCUCCUGAAGAUCCUCUGAAAGAAUAUCUUGGGGAUAAGAAAGUGUCUGAAAGUUGUAGCAUGAAAAGUGCACCUCUUGAUGUGGAAGCAGGGGUACAUGGCGACGGUAUCAUGAGACGUAUGGUAACAUUCACAGCUAGAAAACCUUCUCCUGAACAAGGCAAUCCAUCCAAGGGUGCUAGUAAACCUUCUCCUGAAGAUCCUCUGAAAGAAUAUCUUGGGGAUAAGGAAGUGUCUGAAAGUUAUAGCAUGAAAAGGGCAUCUCUUGAUGUGGCAGCAGGGGUACAUGGCGACGGUAUCAUGAGACGUAUGGUAUCAUUCACAGCUAGAAAAACAUUUCGGUUACCUGUUGAAGCAAAUCAUAAGUCCGCGCUGGUUAAUCUGGAUAGACCGUGUUCUAUGGGCAAGGAGAAGGAGUCCGUUGUCACUAUGAGCGAAUCCUUUGCUCCCAGGAAGAAGUUAAAGAUAAAAGGUCCAGCUCAAAGUAAAUAUCUUCCCAUGAAUACCAUUUCUAGCAAGGAAAAAUUGAAGCAUGAAGAGGCUUCCCACUUGGAAGAUGAUGAAGUUUUGAAUGCAAUAGCUGUUCAUGAAGGAAAGUUUGAGAUGUACCUCAAUGAUCCCUCAUGGCGUCACAUGCAACAUGGUGGUCAGACCGCUGAUGCUCGGAGCAAAGUCAGGAUGAUUUGCAGAAGGUUUCAGUUUAUAUGCAGGACUCUCGUUCAAGCUGUGGAACAAGGUUCGCUGAAGAGCCGUAGAAUUGAUCUUGCCGCUGAUAAGCUAAUCAGAAAAUUACCGGGCUUUACCAAGCAGGGGCCUAUUGUAGGUAAAGUUCCUGGUGUUGAAAUUGGUGAUGAAUGUUUAUACAGAGUAGAGUUGGCCAUUGUUGGUCUUCACCGCCCAUACCAAGGAGGCAUUGACACCACAAAGGAUAUUAAUGAUAUGCCUAUUGCCAUAAGCAUUGUUGCGUCUGGAGAUUACCCUGACGACUUGUCGAGCUCAGGUGAAAUAAUAUACACUGGCUCUGGAGGAAAGCCUGCUGGCAAAAAGGAGAAUGAGGAUCAAAAGCUUGUGCGCGGGAACCUUGCCCUGAAGAAUUGUAUCAAAACAAAGACGCCUGUCCGAGUAAUUCAUGGUUUUAAAGGUCCAAAUAGAGAGGAAGGUAGUCAUUCAAAGGCCAAAGAAGUCUCAAUAUUUACUUACGAUGGGCUCUAUCAUGUGGUGCAGUGCUGGCAAGAAGGUCUACCAGGUUCAAGGGUCUUCAAAUACAGGUUGCAGAGGAUUUCUGGACAACCAGAGUUACCUCUGCAUGUUGCUAAAGUGUUGAGAAAGUCUGCAGCGCGUCCUGGCCUAUGCAUAGCAGAUAUAUCGCAAGGGAAGGAGAAGAUCCCCAUCUGUGUGGUCAAUAAUAUUGAUGCUGCACAUCCAGCAUCAUUUAAAUACAUUACUAGAAUCAAAGGUUCAUCCUUAGCUGCAAAAAGAAGUCAUCAGGGUUGUGACUGCACCAAUGGCUGCUCAGAUUCUGCUAGCUGUGCUUGUGCUGUGAAGAAUGGAGGAGAAUUCCCAUUUAACUUCAAUGGUGCAGUUGUCCAUGCAAAGCCCCUCAUAUAUGAGUGUGGUCCAUCCUGUAGGUGCCCUCCUUCAUGCCAUAGCAGGGUCAGCCAGCAUGGUAUGAAAAUGCCACUGGAAGUAUUCAGAACAACAAAGACAGGUUGGGGUGUAAGAUCCCUAAGGUCCAUCUCUGCUGGCAGCUUUAUAUGUGAGUAUGUUGGCGAGCUGUUGCAUAGCGACGAGGCUAACCAGAGAAUGAAUGACGAAUACUUGUUCGACAUAGGACAUAACUAUGAUAUCUGGAAAGGGAUGCCAUCAGUUGUUCCAGGUCUGAGUUCUUCUGCCCCUCGCUCUGUGAUCAUGGACGAUGAUAGGGCCUUCACAAUAGACGCAGCUGAGUAUGGUAAUAUUGGAAGAUUCAUCAACCAUAGCUGUUCACCAAACCUCUACGCACAAAAUAUUCUUUGGGACCAUGGCGACAAAAGAGUGCCGCAUAUCAUGUUCUUUGCUGCUGAGAAUAUUUCACCUCUACAGGAGCUGACUUAUGACUAUAAUUACGAAAUAGAUCAUGUUCGUGACAUGAAUGGCGAAGUAAAAGUCAAAUACUGCCAUUGUGGUUCUCCACAGUGCCGCGACAGGCUUUAUUAA